AUGGUGGAGACAGAAAAUCACAACCACCAGACGCCGCCGAGUCAGGCGGCUCCCCCGCCGGCCGUUGUGCCGCCUCUAGGUGCUGCCAGAGGGCCUCUUUUCCCUCCCGCGGAACAGCUGCUUCAGCUCCACUACUGCAUCCACUCCAACCCUUCUUGGGUACAAACAGCGGUGUUGGGUUUCCAACAUUACAUUGUUAUGCUUGGGACAACGGUUAUGAUUGCCUCCAUGCUUGUGCCUCGGAUGGGUGGUGGCCCUGGCGAUAAAGCUCGAGUGAUCCAAGCAUUGCUCUUUAUGUCGGGAGUGAAUACUCUUCUGCAGACAUGGUUUGGCACGCGACUUCCGACCGUGAUGGGCCCAUCAUUUGCUUAUGUUAUAUCGGUCUUGGCAAUCAUCAAUGAUUUAUCUGAUAGUGAUUUUCAAAGCGAGCAUGAGAGAUUCACUCACACCAUGAGAGCCAUUCAAGGGUCACUGAUAGUAUCUUCAUUUGUGAACAUUAUACUUGGAUACGGCAAUGUCUGGAGAAACCUUACAAGGUUCAUGAGUCCAGUAGUUCUAGUGCCAGCUGUCUGUGUAGUGGGUCUUGGCUUAUUUGCUAGAGGUUUCCCGCAGCUUGGUAAUUGUGUGGAAAUUGGCUUACCCAUGUUGAUACUGCUGGUUAUUUCGCAACAAUACUUGCAACACAUCCAUCCAGUUGCCCGGCCCAUGCUUGAGAGAUUUGCUUUGCUUGUUUGCAUUGGAUUUGUCUGGGCUUUUGCUGCAAUUCUUACUGUUGCUGGUGCUUACAACAACGUCCGGGAGCAGACCAAAUUAAGCUGCCGUACAGAUCGCUCUUUUCUCAUGUCAUCCGCUCCAUGGAUCAAGAUUCCAUAUCCUUUUCAAUGGGGUACUCCUAUAUUCAGAGCAAGUCAUGUAUUUGGAAUGAUGGGUGCUGCACUUGUUUCUUCUGCUGAGUCCACUGGAACAUUUUAUGCUGCUGCACGGCUUGCUGGUGCUACUUCACCUCCUGGGCAUGUGCUGACCAGGAGCAUUGGUCUGCAGGGUAUCGGUCAGCUGCUUGAAGGGAUAUUUGGUGCUGCCGUAGGCUCUACUGCUUCUGUGGAAAAUGUUGGCCUCCUGGGACUAACUCGUGUUGGGAGCAGAAGAGUGGUUCAGAUAUCCACUGCUUUCAUGAUCUUUUUCUCAAUAUUUGGAAAAUUCGGAGCCUUUUUUGCAUCAAUUCCUUUGCCGAUAUUUGCUGCCAUAUACUGCAUCUUAUAUGGUAUUGUUGCCGCUAUUGGGAUUUCAUUCGUACAGUUCACAAACAACAAUUCCAUGCGAAACAUCUACGUAUUGGGCGUCUCCCUCUUCUUAGGUAUAUCAAUACCCCAAUACUUCAUCAUGAACACAGAUGUGGCUGGGCAUGGACCUGUCAGAACAAAUGGAGGAUGGUUCAAUGACAUAUUGAAUACAAUAUUUUCUUCACCACCUACUGUGGCACUGAUAGUCGGGACGAUUCUGGACAACACGCUAGAAGCCAGGCACACUGUUGACGACAGAGGACUUCCAUGGUUGGUCCCAUUCCAACGUCGGAAGGGAGACAGCAGAAACGAGGAAUUUUACAGCUUCCCUCUGAGAAUAAAUGAGUAUAUCCCAACCAGGUUCCUCUGAUUAGUUGUAUGCUUGUACAUUCUCCAGAGUUUUAAGUUAGUGAGGUACUCAGGAUGUAUGAAUGCACUUCAGUUUCUUAUUUUCUUGUAUACUUUGAUUUCAUUAAAAUGAGCCUUGAAGAAAGAGCACUGCCUUGUGUUGGCUGAUGACAAAAUUUUUGUAAACAUUUUACAUGCAGAGCUGAAGUCAAGAAUGUGUGGGUGUAAUUGCUUGUGAUGAAAUGAGAUUUUUUUGUUUCCGAAUUGGGUAAA